UCGACUUCACACCGCCAACAUGCUUAUGAUGAACCUGCAUGCCCUCAUGGCUCUUAUUCCUCUUGUGGCUUCUCUGCCCUCGAUGCCCUCGUUUGGGAAUAGGAUCAAGUCUCUCUCCUCACACGAUGACCAAUGCCCGUUCCCAGAAUCCUACAAGAUCACGUCGCUCCAGGUCUGGACACCAAAGAAUAACAAUACCCAUCCAAUUGUCGUCGACUUUCAAUACGCAGACAACGAGACAAAUAUCGAAACGUCUUGUUACUACAAUGGAACCCAGCCAAACGCAGGACCAGAGGGUUUGGCCCCCAGAUAUGCUUGCGAAAACCCAACCGUGCAAUUCCAGUGGAUCCAAAAGACGAGCAUGCUUUCUAUCAUCGAGCUGGCAUGCCCCAAUACAGCAGAGUCGGGCUUCAUGGCCGUGGACCAGUUCACCCCCAGGCUCAGCUGCGUCGAUACAAGCAACACUACCGCGUUCGGAGAAGGGUCGCAAUGCUUUUCUCUAGAUUUUGCCAUCAUCAGAAAUUUCACUGCUCUCGAUCCCAUCGCACCCCCAGGAGGAAAUUAGAUCCCGAGGAGAGAAACGGAUUCGUGAGACAAGGGCAAUCACGGGUGCCUGUGAAGAAUGGGAUAAAGUAUAGGUGCUAAUCGGUGAGCAACGCAUUGAUGGGAUACGGGUAACGAUAGUUAAUGAGGAAUGAAAGCACAUGAAUAUCAA